AUGGAAGAAAACCAAAAAGAAUAUACUCAAAUAUCAACACUUCCUACACCAGCAGAUGUUAAUAAAGCAGUACAAUUUGAAGGGACAGUAUUAAGAUCAUCAAAUACUAAAUUACUUGAAAAUAAAAGAAUGUAUAGAUGUAGUAAAUGUAAAAGAGAAUUUGAAGUAGAGGCACAAGUUGAAACAUCAUUUCAAUUUGAAAUGCCACCAUUUUGUGGAGGAACAACAAGAACAGGGGAUUUAUGUAAAAAUAAAAAAUUUACACAAUGUGGAAAUGCUGAGACAAUAGAUUAUCAAGAAUUAAGAAUUCAAGAACCAAUACAUAAUUUUGUAACAGCUGGACUACAACGCCAAGUAAGUGUUAUUUUACUUGGACAGAAUGUUGGAGAAGUUCAAACAGGAGAUUUUGUUACAAUUAAAGGAAUAGUUAAAGUACGAUGGAUUUCAUAUAAUAUUGAUGAAAUACCAGAAUUAGAAAUUGUUGUUCUUGUAGAUGAAAUUAUUUCUAAAAAUGUAGAUAAAAUGGCAAUUAAUGUAACAACAGAGAUGGAAGAAGAAUUUAAAGCAUAUUGGGAAGAAAAUAAAAAUCAUCCAAUUAAAGGAAGGGAUAUGAUAUUACAAUCAAUUUGUCCUGAAUUAUGUGGAUUACGUAUGUGUAAAUUAGCAGUAAUGUUAGUUGCAACAGGAGGAAUUUCAAGAAUAGAUAAAGAAUCAAAAACAAAAACAAGAGGAACAAUACAUUUAUUACUUGUAGGUGAUCCAGGAACAGGUAAAUCACAAUUAUUAAAAUUUGCAUCUAAAUUAGGACCAAGACAUGUUCAAACAACAGGAGGUGGAACAACAUCAGCUGGAUUAACAGUUUCAGUUAUUAAUAUUGGAGGAGAAUUAAGUUUAGAUGCAGGAGCAUUAGUUUUAGCAGAUGGAGGAGUUUGUUGUAUUGAUGAAUUUUCAGGAAUUAAUAAAUCAGAUAGAGCUGAUAUACAUGAAGCAAUGGAACAACAAACAUUAUCAGUUGCAAAAGCAGGAAUUGUUAGUCAAUUACAUACAAGAACAGCUAUAUUAGCAGCAACAAAUCCAAAAGGAAGAUAUGAUCCAACAAAAUCAAUGAGUUUAAAUACUGCAAUUGAUCCACCAUUAUUAUCAAGAUUUGAUAUUAUAUUAUUAUUAUUAGAUGAUAGAAGUAAAAUAUGGGAUGAACAAGUAUCUGAUUAUGUUUUAAAUGGACAUAAACCAAUUAAUAAACCAUUAUUUGAUUGUGACCAAUUACAAUGUUAUAUAUUAUAUGUAAAAAUGCAUUUUUUUCCAGAAAUGACAGAAGAAGCAGAAUUAGUAAUUCAAAAAUAUUUUCAAUAUCAAAGAGGAAAAGAAAGAAGAGAAUCAGGAAGAACAACAAUAAGAUUAUUUGAAUCAUUAAUUCGAAUUUCCCAAGCACAUGCAAAAUUAAUGAUGCAUCAUACUGUUACAUUAAUGGAUGCAGUUAUGGCAAUACUACUUAUUGAAUCAUCUUAUAAUGGUGCAUCAAAUAAAAGAGAAUAUUCAGAAUUUCCUAUAGAUCCAGACAAACAAUAUGAAGAAGAAGAAAUUCGACUUCUUCAAACACUUCAACUUGAAUAUUUAAUUGAUAAUAAAGUAAAUUCACAAAAUACUUCAGAUGAAUUAACUAAAAUGAAUGAAGAAAAAAUACAAAAUAAAAAAGGAUAUACUCAACCAUUAAAUAAUAUAAGUCAAGAAGAUUAUGAAAAAUCAAUACAAAGAGAAGAAGAAGAAACAAGAAAAAGUUUUUGGAAUAAUUAUAUGGAUUCACAAAGAAAGAGUGAAAUGACAGGAAUUGUAUUUCCAUCACAAAGAAUGAGAGGAGGACCUUUAAAAAAAGGACAAAGUAUUAAUUUUCUUAUAGAAAAAAGAAAAUCUGAAGAACAACUUGAAGAAAUAAAAAAAAGUCAAAAUUUACAAUUUAACAUUCCAACAAAAAUGAAAAGUAUUUCAAAUAAUCAAAAAGAUAUUGAAAAGAAAACAGACCAAAUAAAAGAACAACAAGAAAUUAAUAAAGAAGUUAAACAAGAUGAUGAAUUUUCAUUUGACAGUGAUUUUACUGAUCUUUUUGAAUUAAAUGAAGAAAAUUCAAAAGAUAAAAAUAAAGAAAUAAAAGAAAUAACAGAUGAUAUUGAUAAUCUAUUAGAAACUUCAACAACAACAACUGAACUAUCACUUAAGAAAAUUAAUUCAUUUUCUAAACAAGAUGAAAAACCAAUUUUAAUGACACAAAAUAAACAUUCUAAUUUAUUAAAUAAAAUUAAAAUAAUGAAAAGUAAAACUAAACAAGAAACAGAAGAAGAAAAAGAAGAAUCUGAACAAUUAAAAAGAAAACAAAGUGAUGAUGAAUUUAGUUUUGAUGAUAUUGAUUCAUUAUUUCAAGAAAAAAGAGAUUUGUAA